GGUUCUGUGAGUGCAUUCGCUCCGCGCGACUACUCCCGCAAACGUUAAGAGAAAGUUUUCACAUCUUCACUGUGUAUUAUUUUUCUUUUAUUUCUUAAAUUUUUUACAAGAUAAAUCGAUAGAUACGUAGAAAUACUUCAUCGAGAUCGAUAAAUUUUUGUUGAGACGAAGAAGAAGAGGAAGAAGAAGGAGAUAAAGAUAAAGAAGAUAUAGCUGAUCGAACGCAAAUGAAUAGCUCAUGGCGAAGAACUCUCGAAGGUUUUUACCAUAUCGGUCGUACGAUCGGUUUAAGCGAGACAUUUUAAAAGAAAAAAAGAACGCAAGUACGUGAAUACGUUUUGAAGAAUAAAAAGGUAGAAAUUGUAUAAAUUUUGUUUAUUGUCAAAAAAGAUAAAAGAAGAGAGGCAAGAAAACGCAGAGUCUCCUCGAAGUGUGAUAAAUAUACGUAUAUAUAUAUACAUAUAUAAGAUGUUCUUUUAAUAUUGUGAUCAUCGAACUGUGAUAUAUUCGCGACUAUACUUAUAUUUUCUCUAUAUAUAUAUAUCCGGUGAUAAUUUGUACAUAUAUAAAUAUACAUAUACUUGUUCGACUCUUUGUCUCUUCAACGAGGAAAAUACGUGACAAGUGAUCGUCAACGAAGGGGAAAAGUAAAAGAUAAAAGAAGGAGCAGAAGAAAUAUCGACGUCAUGGCUGAAAAAACGUCAGAUUUAAACAAUGUAGAGAAGACGUCAUUGGUAGACUCAGCAUUACUACCAAAAAUACAAACACCCAUAUUGGAUGAUGGGAAAAUUAAUUUAACGGCAAAUGAUAAGCAUAAUGAUCCAGAAAAUGCGAGAUCUAUUAACAAAGGUAGUGCUGUAAGACAGGUUUUAGCGGCAUUAGUAGCUCAACUAGGAACCAUCAACACCGGAAUGACCUUUGGCUUCUCGGCUAUAGCACUUCCUCAACUUCAAGAAGCUAAUAGUACAAUUCCAAUUGUUCAGGGAUCGUCGGAAGAAUCUUGGAUAGCUAGCAUGUCAUCCAUCGGUACUCCAAUUGGUUGCUUAUUAUCAGGAUAUAUGAUGGAUAUGUUCGGAAGAAAACGAUCCUUGAUUAUCACAGAAAUUCCAGCAUUACUCGGUUGGAUAUUAAUUGCAGCUGCAACCAACAUUCACAUGAUCUAUGCUGGAAGAUUUUUUGUUGGGCUUGGAUCUGGUAUGGUGGGUGCACCAGCUCGAGUCUAUGCCAGCGAAGUGACUCAACCGCAUCUUAGAGGAAUGUUAACAGCAAUGUCGAGUGUUGGUGUCAGUACGGGUGUUUUAAUAGAAUACGCUCUAGGAAGUCUCCUCUCAUGGAAUCUUUGCGCAGCUAUCAGUGGAAUUCUUCCACUUGCUGCUUUAUUACUAAUGUUCAUUUUUCCCGAAACUCCGUCUUAUCUAAUUUCUCGAAAUAGACCGGAUAAAGCGAGAAAAGCUUUGCAACAAUUUCGUGAUAAUAACUACAACAUAGAUCAAGAAAUGGAAGUGUUGGAAGAAUUCUCCAAUAAGAAUAAUCUCAAACGAUUAACUGGAUUACGUGAAAUUGUUUGCGCACUUCUUAAACCUAAUGCUCUUAAGCCAUAUACUUUACUCUUUAUAUAUUUCUUGAUUUACCAAUUUUCUGGUACGAACGUGAUAACAUUUUACGCGGUUGAAAUUUUUAACGAUUCCGGAACAACGAUAAAUAAGUAUUUGGCAGCGGUCAUUUUGGGAAUAGUAAGAUUAGCUUCUACAAUAGUUGCUUGCAUUGCGUGUAGACGUUGCGGUAGAAGAUCGCUUACUAUGGUGUCGUCUGUGGGUUGCGGUUUGUCUAUGAUUGGAUUAGGUGGCUAUAUGUGGUUAAAGGAAUAUUGGGAAAUAAAUCACUUACCAUUCGUGGCUACAUGGAUACCAGUUUUCUGUAUAUUUUCGUAUACGGUCACAUGUACCCUUGGAUUUUUAGUCAUUCCUUGGAUAAUGAUCGGAGAAGUAUAUCCCGUACAAGUCCGAGGUAUUAUAGGUGGCUUAACGACAAUGACCGCGCAUUCUUUUAUCUUUAUAGUUGUAAAAACGUAUCCUUUCUUUGAUAAAGCGCUCACGAGUCAUGGUACUUUUAUUUUUUAUGGUUGUAUUUCAUUAUUCGGUACAAUAUACUUUUACAUAUGUCUCCCCGAAACCAAAGGUAAAACUCUUCAAGAAAUAGAAGAUUACUUCUCUGGAAGGAGCAAUAGUUUGUAUACUGGAAAAAUACGUAACAACCCACAAGUAUUAGAAAUUAAAAAGGGCCAGGUUUUGCCUUGAUGGAGUUGAUAAAUUUCAUUUUCUAAGAAUAAUGUUUAUGUGUAAAGGUCCUGCAAUUGUUAUGUCAUAUGGUACCAAUGACUAAACUUUUACAUUUUUGUUUC